UUCUACAAUACUCAAUAGCAAUGUUUUCCGUGUAGAUACGAGGUUGGAAAAUAACUAUGGCACAGCCAUGGAGAUCAUCAUGGGCUGUAGGCUGCAGGUGCCUCCAACGAGCGCCGUUCUCCGGCCCGGUGAGGCAGCAAGUACGCUCAGCUUACAUCAAGCCCAAGGAAAAGAAAAGUAUGUCCAGGCAGGCAACGUUUGCUACCCUUGGAUUGGCAACAGGGAUGGGAAUCGGUGGUAUUAUGUUUAUGGGCUGGCCACAGGAAAACACCAUUGGAGACGAGAUUAGAGCGAAGGGCUUACUGAGAGCGUUCACCGGACUGUUCUCUCGGGCCAAAGAGGAUGUCACCAAUCUGUAUGAGAGCUUUGCUGCACCAAUUGAUGAGAACCUGUUGCCCGACGUGCUACCAGACCACUAUCAGCCGCCUUUCACACUCGUGAUUGAGUCGCAGAAACUUCUCGUUAAUCCCGAAUAUUCCGUUUCCACUGGCUGGCGGUAUCGGCGGCGGCCUGGCCUGAAGGUCUUCCUCCGGCAGGUGCACCAAUACUACGAGAUUGUAAUAUUCACCACAGAGCCACAGAUGUCCUAUCAACAUGUAGUGGACAGUCUAGACACAGAGCAGCGUGUCAUCUACAAGCUGUUUCGUGAGGGCACCGACUACAAGAACUUGAUGCAUCAUAAGGAUUUGAAGAACUUAAACCGUGACCUUCGGCGCGUGAUUCAUGUCGACAACGAGCCGAAGACGUGCGACCGCAACCCUGAAAAUGUCGUGUUCGUCAGCAAGUGGACUGGCGAAGAGGACGACAUGUACUUGUACGACCUGGGAGAGUUCUUGCGCACUAUCGCCCAGUCGGCCAUGCAGUCGAAAACCAAUGACAUUCGACCUCUGCUGAAGGCUUACCAGCCCGAGGAUGGCGUGAUGAAGGACUGUGUGGACGUGUUCCGAGAUCGCAGGCGGCGCCUCGACGCCAGCGCCAAGACAGCACAGGCCCAGCCGACGCGGCAGCCCGUGCAACAGAAGAGCCGGUUCUUGAAGUCGUUCUGAGAUGCUACCGCUUGAUUACUAUCGCUCUCUCUCUCUCACUCUCACUCUCUCUGAUCGUGUUUGCAGUUGCGUCAGCAGGUUUAUGUACUCUUGGUUCCGUGCACACCAUGUACAUACUUGUGUUAUGUUUGUCGGUCCUGUCCCCCUGUAACUCUAGAUGGUGACUUUUCUCCGGUCACAGGAGUCCGCUGUUAAGUUUUUGUUUUUUUACUAUCUGCUUUUGAUCUGCGCUAAUUCGCGCGUGCUGUCUGCUGAAACAUUCAUGUAUUGGCUGCAAGCUGCAGGGACAUGGUCAUGCAACUACUGAUGCUUCACCAACCAGCUGCAAGAGUAAAAAAAAGAGAGUAAACUAUCGUGUCCGUUCUCAAAGAGAACUCACGACGGCCACAUCCACACCUGGUAAACCGCUGCAAGAGUCCUGUAGAAGAUGUGCUUCCAGGACGGCGCAACACGUUUGAGUUGACCCCUCGUACUGAGAUUGAACAUUGCGUUGGUCUUCACUUCAUGGAUACCUACAUGUAAA